UCAACCUUACUUAACCUGGCCGAGGUGGGGUUGGGACAGUGCUGCGCCCGGAUCCCGCUAGAACAUUAACCUAACAAAGCAUAAGCCUAACUGAACUAUAGUGGAAAGCUGUCACUGGAGGCAUCACGAGUGGCCUCUUUGUGAUCUUUAUGAACGGAUUUGGAUAGUCAAGAGCAACAUGAGCACUAUCAGCUAUGAAGAAUUCAAAACAGCAUGCUUGGAAUUUCUAGAAUUGUCAAAGAAGUUUGGGGACUCCUGGAAACUGAGAAGUGAUAUUCAAGACAAAGAUGGCCUGUGUAUUCACAAAGUCCAGCACAUCAAGAGCAAGUCCUUGAAGGAACUAAAGAACAAGACCACAUGCAAGAUUGACAGGCAACUUGAGGAGGAGGAGGAGGAGGAGUCCUCAGACCCAGCAGAAAUGGAGACACACAAUACCACACACUUCACUACCUAUGACUACCAUAUUGUGUACAGCUUGAGUCACUCUGUCCCAGUGCUAUACUUCAAUGCCUGGCACUCGUCAGGGCAGCUGCUGACCCUGGAUGAUGUGUGGGAGGGUGUGGAUGUCACUCACAGGGAACAGAUCCUCAGCAAUAAGUGGGGCAGCCUAACACAGACUGAACACCCUCUGCUGGGCAGGCCUUACUUCCAGCUGCACCCAUGCAACACUGCCAAGCUUAUAGCCCAGGUGCUGCCUCAGCCACCCUGUGAUGCUGCUACCCUCAGGACAUACCUUAUUUGUUGGCUCAGUAUGUUUGGACCACCUGUUGGUCUUGAAAUUCCAUUGUGUUAUUUUGCAGAGCAGAACACAGAGAGUGGUUGUGUGAAGUGAAAACAGUUGGCUCUAUUUCAGGUGUGGUCAGAUCUGUACAUGGUGCUGAAGGUCCAGGUGUCAGUGUCCAUUGAAUGCAUAAGUGCACCAGUAUAUGUCAGGGAGCCUACCUUUGCAAUAUUUGUUAGCUUUCAAGAGAAUAUUUUUAUAUUAAUAUCAUGUUUGAUUUAAUUAUGAGAUAUUGUUCUCCUCUCCUAUCUAUUCUAUGGAACCAUCCUUUUGUCCACUUGUUAUCCUUUGUUAAUGAACAGUUAUGUUCAA